AGAGCUCAACAGGUCUUAGGCGAUCGCACAGUUCUUUCUGCACCUCUGAGGUGGCAGGUCGCGAAACUUUUAGUAACUUCCAUAAGGAACUUUGAAUUUUCCUGCUCUAGUUUAUAGACCCUCGAUUCGAACAUGGGUGAUAUGUUCCGUAGCGAGCAGAUGGCCCUGUGCCAGCUGUUCAUCCAGCCGGAGGCUGCCUACGCCUCCAUUGCCGAGCUGGGCGAGAGUGGAUGUGUUCAGUUCCGCGAUCUGAACGACGAGGUCAGUGCCUUCCAGAGGAAGUACGUCACCGAGGUGAGGCGAUGUGAUGACAUGGAGCGGCGCCUGCGGUUCGUGGAGUCCGAGAUGAAGAAAGACGAGGUCAAGUUGCCGCUACUCAAGCCGGAGGAGGAGCCGAGUGCACCCAAUCCCCGCGAGGCCGUUGACCUCGAGGCCCAGCUGGAGAAGACCGACAACGAGCUGCGCGAAAUGUCCGCCAAUGGGGCCAGCCUGGAUGCCAACUUCCGGCACAUGCAGGAACUCAAGUACGUGCUGGAGAACACCGAGGGCUUCUUCUCGGACCAGGAAGUCAUUAAUCUGGACGUCAACCGACAGCUGGACCCCGAGGAUCCGGCGAAUCUCCAGGGAGCAGCUCAAAGGGGCCAACUGGCCUUUGUGGCUGGAGUGAUUAAGCUGGAGAGGUUCUUCAGCUUCGAGCGGAUGCUGUGGCGCAUUUCCAGGGGAAACAUCUUCCUGCGGAGAGCCGACAUCGAUGGACUUGUAGAUGACGAGGAGACCGGACGACCGGUGCUGAAGACCGUCUUUGUGGCCUUCUUUCAGGGAGAGCAGCUGAAGCAGAGGAUCAAGAAGGUCUGCACGGGCUACCAUGCCGCCGUUUAUCCCUGUCCCAGCUCGCAUGCCGAGCGAAUGGAUAUGAUCAGGGACGUGAAUGUCCGUCUGGAGGACCUCAAGCUGGUCCUCAGCCAGAGUGCCGAUCAUCGCAGCCGAGUCUUGAACUCUGCCUCCAAGCACUUGCCACGCUGGUCAAUCAUGGUGCGCAAAAUGAAGGCCAUCUACCACAUUCUGAACUUUUUCAACCCCGAUGUGACGGGCAAGUGCCUGAUUGGCGAGGGUUGGGUGCCCACCAAUGACAUCACCACGGUUCAAAAUGCCCUAGCUCGAGCCUCCAAAAUCUCGGAGAGCUCCAUUCCGGCAUUCAUGAAUGUGAUCGAGACAAACGAAAUGCCGCCGACUUACACGAGGACCAAUAAGUUCACCAAUGGCUUCCAGAACCUGGUGGACUCAUAUGGCAUGGCUUCAUAUAGAGAAGUUAAUCCUGCUCUGUACGCCUGCAUCACAUUCCCCUUUCUGUUCGCCGUGAUGUUCGGAGAUCUGGGACACGGCCUGAUCCUCUUGUUAUUCGCCUCCUGGCUGAUCAUCAAGGAGAAACAGCUGUCCUCGAUCAAAGAAGAGAUCUUCAAUAUAUUCUUCGGCGGCCGAUACAUCAUCUUCCUCAUGGGCAUCUUCUCAAUUUACACUGGCUUCAUAUACAACGAUGUGUUCUCAAAGUCGAUGAAUAUUUUCGGUUCCGGUUGGCACAUGAACUAUACGAGGGAAACGGUGGAGGACGAUAGUCUAAAGUACAUAACUCUGAGGCCCAACGAUACCGUUUACAAGACCUAUCCCCUUGGCAUGGAUCCCAUUUGGCAGAUGGCCGACAACAAGAUCAUCUUCCUGAACACUUUCAAGAUGAAGCUGUCCAUCAUUGUGGGGGUUCUUCACAUGAUCUUCGGAGUCUCCAUGUCGGUGGUUAACUUUGUCUACUACAAGAAGUAUGCCAGUAUUUUCCUGGAGUUCCUGCCGCAAGUUCUCUUCCUUCUGCUGCUGUUCGGAUACAUGGUCUUCAUGAUGUUCUUUAAGUGGGUCAUCUACAACGACACCGUCGAAGGACCUCUUUCGCCAGCCUGUGCUCCAUCUAUCCUGAUCCUGUUCAUCAACAUGAUUCUGCAGGGCAGCCAGGAUACCCCGGAGCCCUGCGAAGAGUUCAUGUUCGAGGGCCAGAAGACCCUGCAGCAGGUCUUCGUCAUCAUUGCAGUCAUCUGCAUUCCCUGGAUGCUGUUGGGCAAGCCCCUGUACAUCAUGUUCAAGCGCAAAAUGAGCGGAGCACCGCCGCCAAAGCCGCAGGCUGGAGGAGGAGAAGGUCACGGCGAUGACGACGCCAUGGGCGAGAUCUUCAUCCACCAGGCCAUCCACACCAUCGAGUACGUCCUGAGUACAGUUUCCCACACGGCCUCGUACCUCCGACUGUGGGCCUUGUCCCUGGCUCACGCACAGCUCUCCGAAGUGCUGUGGAGCAUGGUGUUCUCCAUGGGCUUCAAGUACGAUAGCUACCUCGGUGGCAUUCUCAUCUAUGUGUUCUUUGGAGCCUGGGCGCUGCUCACAGUUGGCAUCCUGGUGCUCAUCGAAGGACUCUCGGCCUUCCUGCACACAUUGCGUUUGCAUUGGGUGGAGUUCAUGAGCAAGUUCUAUGAGGGCGCUGGAUACGCCUUUGAGCCUUUUGCCUUUAAGACCAUUCUGGAUGCCAGCGAUGAUGACUAGAGAGCUUGGCAGGGGUCAAAGGAGACAGACAGAGCGCAGGACGCACUUCCUUAAAGCAUUUUCGUUAUUCGUUCGGUUUCCUUCGUUUUUUCACGGAAAAAUAAAUUUCGUUUGAUAUGCAUACAGAA